AUGCCCUCUAAACUCAACGCUUACUUGCUCUCUGCAGUGAUGCUGGCAGCUCUGCUCCAGCUCGCUCCCGGAGCUCCAGUUGUAGACAUGCCCGCCGACAGCCUGGCAGGUGACACCUCAGGUGAGGAGGAGCCGAAACUGUCUGACCUACUCAGGGACUUGAUGCUUGACAAAACCAAACGCCACAAGGGGGAGUUUGAAGAUGAAUUCAAAGACGUGCAAUAUCUCAUUCUGGACAACUACAAAACCUCCUCACUUCCAAAAAACUGCUCUAAUUCCAGCAUCAGUGAGGAGGUCUUUCUCCACAGUUUGGCCCACGACUUGCUUAUUUACACUGUUAUUCUCAAGUUUGUGGAGAAGGAGUACCCCAACAGCCGGAUCCCCAAAGAGGCCAGAGUUAAUGGUGGUAAUUUGAUUAGCCUGAUCAAAGGAAAGAUGAGGAACCCUGAACAGGUCACGGCACUCACUAGCAGCCAGGAGGAGGUGCUGCUGAAGGACCUCGACAACCCUGACAUUUUCCACAGAAAGAUGACUGCACACAGCAUCCUGCGCCAGCUCCACUACUUCCUUGUCGACUGCAAAAUAGAAAUAAACAAAAGGAACCCGUCAUCUGACACUUUCUAA